AUAGGUGUGAAUAAUACCGUAUAGGUGUGAAUCAUAACGGGUAACUUUCGCACCUUUGAUUGUAACAUCUGUUCAAUGUUAAAUCAACAUUGUUUUAUUUCAAGAUUAUUUAUUCAUUUAAAAAGUAUUCUGCGAUUUCAAGAUUUAUUUUUAAUUACAUGAACAAAAAUGUUUAAGAGUCAAUUUACAUGCUUCUUAUAAUACAUUAACAAUAUCUAGAUUGAUAACAUUAACAUAAAUAUAUUCAAACAUUUUCAAUAAAUUUACAUUACCGGUAUAUUAUUACAAGAAACGAAACAAGAUUUACUAUACUCUUUUAUAUUAUACAUUAACAAUAUCAAAAGGGAAUGCAUACAUACAUUUUAACAAUAUCUAGAUUGAUUACAUAAAUAUAUUAAAACAUUUUCAAUAAAUUAACAUUAUAUUCAUUACACAGUUUGAAUCAUCAUUAAAGCGGUGAGUUGUUUACUAAUUGGUUCGAGUCGGUAAUUCAUUGUUUGCUAAUAACUUAAAGGCACUUACCGCUAAUUGAUAGUUUGUGAGUCGAUAGUAAAGCAUAAGCUUUUCCUACAAGUAAAAGACCAACUUCAUUUUAUUAGGUCUUUAUUGAAUAAAAUGUAUUAUUGUUCAUUUGUGUUAUAUUAUUAUUUAUGUAUAUAGUGCAUACACAUGAAGCAUAAAAAAUAACAGCACUUCAUGUUUUAUAUUUUUUAAACAUAAUGAACUAUGCACAAAUAUUAUUUUAUUUUAUUUUUACAUACACAUACCCGGUACACAUGAUGCAUAAAAAUUAAAAACACUUUAUGUUUUAUAUUUAUUGAACAUAACGAACUAUGUACACAUAUUUGUAUACUAACAAUAAAUCAUUUUAUUUUUGUUAUUUAUAAUUAUAAUUGUUAACAUUGUUGGAAUUUUCUACAUUAAUGUACACCCCAAUAUCAUUCACACCUAUAUGGCAUUAUUCACACCUAUCUGCCUAUAUAUUAUCAGUGGGACGAAACGUCUACCCCUUUUCCACACAAAUAUCAGUGGCACGAACUGGCAGUGGCACGAAACGUCCAUAAACCGUCCAAAUAAUUAGACGUAAGCUACCCCGCUUAUGCAAAUCGACCUCAUAUUUAUAGGAAUUCACCUUGAACCAGAGGACAAUGGCGUGAUACAAUCAUCGACGUGUCAGUGUCCAAUGAGGGAAUUCAAAUGUCAUCAUGUGGCUGCUGCUUUACUGUUUGGAUACAAGAGAGCGAGCAAAACUGACAUUAAGUGUUCCUGGUUCAAGCGUCCGAAAUCCGCACCACCCAAGAAAACUGUGACGAUGGCUGAAAUGUAUCCACCAAAUCAGCCUGGAUACAGGGCUCUAAACAGAUCUGUCUCAGAUGAUGACAGAACUUUUAUUUAUAAACAACUUGGACAGUUGGGUCGCUUUACAGCUCUGCAUUGGAUUAUGGCAGAGGAGCCACAGACACCGGAUGUACCAGUGCCUCUCCUGGAUGACUUGAUGAUCCAUCCUGAAUAUCUGGGAGCUGAGGACCCCCGCACAUGGCUGAGACGACAGUUGCUGGUGUCGCACGAAAAGGUCAACCAAACAGCUGCAGCAACUAUUGGACAGAGGGAAAAUGCCUUAUGGGCAGCUGUUCGCAAGUUGAGAUUUACCGCCUCUAACUUCGGACAUAUCUUGUCAGCGUUUGACAAAAAAAAACUGACAGUGUCCUUGAAAAAAAGACUUCUGAGCGCGUAUAACCUGGAAAAAAGGGCACCUGUGCAGUGGGGGGUAACACAUGAGCAGGUGUGCAUAGCUGAAUACUGUAAGGUUGGAGGAGUCGCUGUACGCCCGACAGGAAUUUGGCUGCAUGAGUCUGGUGUCUUGGGUGCAUCACCAGAUGGUUUUGUCGAAGGCGUGUUUAGGGGUUUAGUUCAUCAACAACAUGGACAAGCAACAUGUAGUGCAGACAUCAUAGAAGUAAAGUGCCCCUACACUGCCAGAGACAUGACUAUCCAGGAGGCGUGUUCAUCUAUCAAGGAUUUCUACCUAGGUAAAACUAUUAUUUCUACAUUUUCAAUGUUGUAAUGCAUUUAUAGUAUAAACAAUUAAAAAAUAUGCAUCAAUUACCCAUUUUGCAUACAGCGUGCAAUUACAUCCAUUCCUAUAAUUAAAAUCAGUGUGAUGUAAAAGAUGGUCUUGCUUUUACAAUCUCUUUAUGUAUAUAACACUACUACAGGGAUUUCAAUAGAUUUGUGUAAACCAGGAGUCAAAUUACCCCAUGCUUGACUUUUUCGGGGGUCAAAUAAAAUAAUCAGGGGUCAAAAAAUGAAGUUAUCUGUUCC